UAGGUUGACCAUGUAUAAGUGUUGUAUAUUGACAGGGAGCUGAUUGUCGAAGAACGAGAUGGCGGGCGAUGAACUCAAUCAGGCCGAUGGCGCGGGCCAGCGGUCGRUUACGUUGGGUCAGCUGGUUGCUCUACUGGAUCGGCGCGCGGUGACGCGAUCCAACAUCCCGAAGGUUYCGAUCUUCCACUUCAAAGGAGAUAAGGUGUCAGAGUGGCUUGAGUUGCUCGAGCAAAUUACUGACGAGAUGACAKAAGAAGAAAAAUCCCGUCAAAUCUCUAAGUACGUCUGGUGGGAGAUGCGGCYGGAAGUUAUGCGGGUAGCAACUGAGGCCGCAGGAAAUUGGGGGAACUUUAAGGCAGAAAUGCAGAGGCGGUAUCAGUUGGGAGAUGGCCUCCUUACAACGGAGGACUUGGAAAGGCUAGAGAGGUCYGAUUUCACGACGGUGGGUGCCUUCGCGACGGCGUUCGAGAAGAUGGCGAGGAAGGUUCCAGGGUUGGCCGAGGAGUCCCAAUGUGCCAUCUUCCUAAGCAACUUCACGGAAUGCGAGAGUAUUUCCCUGACCAGAAGAGGGGCCAUAGGGAGGAAGUUUACUUGGGAAACGGUGAAGCAAAGCUUGGCAGAUGGGGAGUUGGACCAGGUGGAAGAUGAUGAUGACGAUGAGGAAGAAGAACCGGUGAAGCUGACAAAAAGUCAGAGAAAGGCGAGGAACCAGGCCUUAGGUGGUCAAGGUUCGGGGAAGAAUACAGGAGUACAAGUCGUCRCGCCAGCCCAAGUAAAUGCCAAUCAGGCAAGCACGAGUGCAGCGCCACCACAGGGACCAGCGCCGGUUGGACCUUGGUCAGGGACCAUUCCUCCAAUUUGGCCGGGGUAUAGUCCAUAUGGCCCAUGGCCGUUUUACAACCAAGUCGGGCCGUCUGUGGGAGGACCGACUGURCAUGUUGCAGGAGGAUACCCCAAUACGCCGGCUCAAGGAGUGAACUGGCAAGGGGGGGGCCAACCGCAGCAGCAAGCMCCCCCGCCUCAAGUCAACCAACCCGGUCAAGCAGAGGGUCAAGGACAAGGUCAGAAACAAGGAGGUAACGGGCAGAGCAGUCAGGGCCGAGGCAAUGGAGGUCGCGGACGGGGUAACGGUAAUGGUGUACAAGGCGGUCAAGGGGGCGGACGUGGAGUCAAUUGGAAUGGGCAAGGCGGGAAUGAUAGGCCAAGGUUCGAUUGGAGAAAUUUCAUUUGCCAUCAUUGCGCACUAAAAGGGCAUACCUUCAGGUUUUGCCAAAUUCGGAAAGUAGAUGAGGGAAAUGGCCUYAUCUCGACAAACAUGGACGGAGAUGUCUGUGAUAAGUAUGGGAAAUAUAUUGACCCUAAGAUUGCAGGUGGUAUGCGCAGGGAGGCGCUUCGUCGAGCCGAACUAGGUCCGCCACCACCGGCCAUGUUCCGACUCUGGCAAGAGGAAGAUGUCAGGUCAACGAUAAAAGUGGAGGAACUGGCCAAUAGUGAGUCCAAARAGGAUAUCAGGAGGGAAGAGUCAGUCGUGAUAGAUGAGGAGGAGGAAGAAGAAUCGUAUUGCCAAGGAAGGGCUAUCGACACCAUGGAGCGAAUGGAAGACCUCGUAGAGAAGAUGCAGAGGUUGAAUUUGAAAAUGAGGUAUAUUUGCGACGAGGUGGCGAAAUCGAUGGUUUACUUACUAUGCUCAGAGACGGGGCCAUCGAGUGUCAAACCGGCUUGUCAGACCUUGGGAUCAACCCCGCGAUCAGGCAUUACAUUCCAACCUCCUCGAGGGCAACCCACAUUCCCGCAAGCAGUAUGCACGAGGAGUAAGAAAGGAGAUCCCAGUAGCAGUCAGGAACCUCCGAGCGAAAGUCAGUCACGGGAGAAGGAGUUAGUUAUCGAAGUGGGGGACGAAGGCAAGGAGGAUGAGGAAGAUGAGCGGCUAAGGAAAGAAGAGGAAGAGCAAGCUGCUCAACGCGCAAAGAAGAGAAAGCCGGGAGAUAGGCCAGAAAGAGCGGCAAAAGGAGAAGGCUCGCGGAAGCAAAAAUAUGCGGUACCAUUGAAAGAUGGCCUGGAUAUUGAAGCCUUGGUUKAUAGGCUUCUGGACGGGCAUAAUGACCUGCUUAACUUGAAGGAUAUCCUCGCCUCUGCGCGUAAGCUUAGGGAAGGAUUCAAAACGCGGCUCUCUCGUCGAAGGGUGGCAAGCGUGCGAUUGGGAGAUUUCAUUCCAGCAGAAGCUCACUGGGCGGUUUCUGGGACAAAGAUGGAUUGGAAAUCGGUWGGGACCGGGAGCGUGAACUUGAAUAUAAAGGGUAAGCUAUGUAGUGGGAUGCUGGACACAGGAGCGGAGAUGAAUAUCAUCAAGGAAUCUGACGCACUCCGCUUAGGAAUGAAGAUUGAUCGAGUGGACUCAGGCUUCCUCUAUGGCGCAAGCGGGAAGACUCCUUUUACUGGGACGACGUCGAAUGUGRUGAUUGAAAUCGGGAAAGUGAAGAGAUGGUAUAAGGCACAGAGGGUUAGGCAGAUAAGGCAUUGGGUUGUCCCAGAUCUUAGACAUGAGGUGAGUGCCAUGUCACACACAGUACAGGCUUGGGCGGAGCUUAUAGCGACGCUUAGAGAGGCGUUCACCGCUGACAGACGACGCAUGCUGCGCAGAGAGGUUGGGGAUUACAUCCCGGAGCUCAGGGUACGCCCGCGAGCGCGGCUAGAGAGGGAUGAGGAUGAUGAGGGGCGAUUGCGACAGCAGCAGAGAGAGAGUGAGCAGCCAGAGAUUCCACGCAGGCCUAGGACAGGCAGGCGUCGAGGACGUCGGCAUAGAGGGGAUUAUCUAGAGGAGAGUGAUCACGUGYUGACGGUUGAUAUUGGGAGGACCCUCCCGACGUAUGAUGUGGGGGAGGAGGCCUUGUUAGUAGGGUCUCAGAGACAGAGUGUCUUAUCUACUCCAGAGAUUAGGACAGUGCCAGCGCCAGAGACAUGUCCGGCUGAGAUAGGGGUUAGAGACCGUGGUGCGCCUGAGACAGAUUGGACUACUCCACCUACACCCAUACGGGAUGGGGGGGAGGUUUCCCUACAACUUGUGUUGACGAUUGCUUCGGCCCGGCCUACAGAGACAGAUACCAUGGAGGGAGUGGUUCCCGAUACUGCGUCGGAGAGGCCUUAUCGAUGGAGAGACACACGGGACAUGACACUAGAUCUCCCGCAAAGGGAGCUACCGCUUAUAAUAGGGUCUGCCACUAUAGGACCGAUGCAGGAGCACGAGGAGCCUCAGCCUGAGUGGCCGCGAGAGACGACGCCGAUGCAUGAUGAGCUAGGGUAUGAUGGGCAGAGGGUCCAGUCUCGGUCAGAGCCGGCAGUGGAGGAUGGUGAGAGAGGUGCGAUGGGACCCUCAUCAUUGGACGGAUCACCGUUACUGAGCGAGAGUCGAUUGGUUGAGCAGCCAACUGAGCCUGAGGGUUCAUUGACUGCCCAACUAUAUGACAUGGAGUCUCCUAGGAUGCAGAUGCGACAGGAGGUAUCCCAGCCCUCGGCCAUGGACAUGGAGACAGAGCGAGUUGAGGCCGAGGUUUUGGGGCUAGAUAAAGAGGGUCUCACGGAGGACAUGCAGACCCAGCGAGUGGAGACGUCACCACUAGACUUUGGGGAUAYUCCACGACGAGAUGGUGAUCAGGCUAAGGCCAGUAUGAGGGGGCACAUUGAGGCAGGCACGGAGCAUACCCAGGACGCAUCUCCGACUCAUGAGGAGGAGAGCAUGCCGGAGUCUCGGGGACCAAUAGAUCAUGAGCCUGUCAUGAGGGAUGCAUGGCUAGCCGAGGAGAUGGGACAGAUGCCAUUAUUACAUUUUCCAGCUUGGCUGGCUUUUGAGCGACUGGGCCAGGCCGCGAGACCACACUUGUCGGUUGAUCAGACCAYUGGUGGGCUCACGGUACUGUAUGACGACUUAACCUUGCAGAGGAACUAUAUUGGUAGUGGCCUCGUAGCAGCUCGACUGGCGAUAGAGCAGGUUCGGGAUUACACGAGGAGAGUUGUCAUCCGACCCUUUGAGUUGAGUUGCGACAGACAGAUGGAGCACGAUGCACUGAGAGAGGUGGUGAGUGAUCUCCGCACAUUURUUGAGRGGAAGAARGUCCAGACUCUAGAGGAGGCCGAGGCGGUCCUCAGGAUUCAGGAGAGAGAGGCGAGUGAUAGGCGUGCCCAGGUUCAGAGGGUGCUCAGAGAGUAUGAGCCACCUGCUGACGCGACAGAUAGAGAUAGGCUCGAGCGCAGGGUUGUCCUUGAGACCGUGCGAUCAUCUCAGUUGGAGAGCCAGAUCUAUGAGUCUCGUGUGGAAACAGGGAGUCAUGGAURAUUCUCACAGUAUGGAAMUAUACUCACUUCCCCUGCAUCUGUGAUGUUUGUACCUGUUUAUUGGUUGUGAGUAAGUUGUUUGAUUGUUGAACAAAUGGUUUUUGCCCUUGAUUGCAUAUGAAUCAAUGAGUGAGAGUCAG